UCAAAGCCAUAUGUUCAAAAUGAGUAGCAGUGGAGAAAAAGUAUUAUCAUGUGCUGAUAACUCUGACAAGUCAGAGUCUGCAGUGACUUCAGAAAUUCAUUCCGCCACUGAUCUGCCUGACAGUUUGAUGUCACCACUAAACCAUUCAAAGGGCUUUAAACUAAGACUUUUGGCAGUUAAACUUCUUACAAUGUUGUGGUGUUUAUGGAAUGAUGACAAUGGAGUUGGCAAUUGUGAAAUUGUUUAUAAAUUUGUUGGUCGUUUUCUCAACACAGAGGAUUUGGAUUUAUCGCAACUUUCUGAUGUGCAUUUGGUUGUCUCUGUUUGUGAAACUCUUUGCAGCUCAUCAGAAUUGCUGUCAUUAGAAAUGAUUAACUUAAUACUUGAAGCUCUAAGAUCCGUUUUAGCUCAACAGUACUUGGAUCAGCAGAUUGCUGUAAGUGUUCUUGACGUACUUGCAAAGCUCGCAAAACACUUUCAAUAUCCAGCUGAAGUACUCAAAGUGUCUAAUGUUGGAGACACUUGCAAUCGUGUACUGGAGGCUUUUUGUUCUUUACUAGCUGCUGGUAAACUAGCUUCUCAUACAAGAAUCUCAUUGGUUCGAGUUUUCAAGAAUUUUAUUAAGGUGGAUCACAAAGGACAGUGGACUUCAGUAUUACAAAAGAAGAAGUCAAGUGAAGAGUGCAAUGGCAUGAAAAUCACUCUUCAUGAGGUGUUGAUCGGUCUACUUGCUGACGAAAAUCAUGCUGUUCGUAUGGAAGCUUCAAAGAUAGAUGUGCUAUUCACAAGGGAGAAACGGGAACCUUGUUUCGUAUCUGUGGAGCCCCUUCAUCGGUCACUGCAAGAACGGAUGUUUUCGGCUGUGUGUGAAUCAGUGAAGACACUUUACUCUCCACCAGCUGAAGUGGACAUAGCACUGAAAGAAGAUGACACUCAGAACAGAACUGCUAGUGUGCUGUAUGCUUUUGUCAGGGUUGCUUUGUGCAGUCCUGUGUGUCGCAAAAUGGCCUUGUUUCAACUGUUUAACUAUAACCAGCUGGAUAGCAUAGAAAUAACAGAAAAGGCUCUUCGUUUGCUGUCUUCGUGUCUUGGCUACUCAACAAGCAAAGAGUUCCUUGAAGUUCAUCUUGAAUUUCUGCUCUACUCCUGGCUAGGAGCAAAACAGACUCUUUCUUCAUAUCCAUUUAAAUUUCAUGGUUUCUCGUGUCGAGCAGACUUUUUUCACUGUUAUGGUAAAAUUGCAAUUCCUUAUGCUCUUUUUUAUUUGGACAGUCAACAGCCUGAGUUAAUUGGUGGUGAUUUACAUUGUGAUUGGGUGGAGCUGGUGAAGACUAGUUUGUCACAUUGCAUGACAUUUAUUUUGCCAGCAGUUGCUAUGCAGCGAAGCAAUGCUGUAGAAACCACAAGCAAUGAAGAAAGAGAAGCAGUGAAGUUGGAACAGACAAGAUCAAGAAUGAUGUAUCACUUGUUACAAAAUAAGAUGGAUAUAUUGAAGAUACUGCGCAAUGAAAUUGACAGUUUUGUUGUAGAGCUGCUUCUUCGAAUGCAUGAACCAUGCAGUGGACACUCAGUUUAUGCUAAAUAUGCAAGUGUCAGUGAUCCAGAACCCAAUCCUCCAUAUUACACUUCUCAUUGUAUUAAGACAGUUCUUGACUAUUUGGUUGAAAGAUAUGAAGAGUUUGCAUCACUUGUUGACUUGUUGGCGUUUCGAAGAGAUACCAUUCAUUGUGUUUUGUUGUCACUAAAGUCUAUUCUUUUCAAAUCACAAAAUUAUUAUGAGAAGAAAAGAGUCUUGAUGGCCUAUGCUUUAUUUGUUGACUUGAUGGCUGCACAAAUACAUACUGGGCUUGGUGGAUCUCGUACAUACUUCUUUAGAGAUGUUGUUGGGACUGUUGUUGAGCUGCUGAAGCAUAUGCAUUCAAGCAAACAAAAGGAAACUAAUUGCUUAGCUGUAUGGGAAAAGUUCAUGUCACUGUGUUGUCAAAUAUUGUUCGUUGUUUGUACUGCAGCAUUGGGGAAUUGUUCUCAGGUCCUUGGAAGCCACCUUCACAUUAUUGUCAGCUGUUUGACUGAAAUUGCAGCAAGACAGCAACCAGCAGCACAAGAGGCAUUGGCUCUUCUUAAUGUUCUGAUUAAAAACAACUACUCUCGGUUGAAGAACUUUAUUGCUUCACUUGAUCCUUUCCCAGACUUGGAAUUGUUCAAUUCUCUUCAAAGAGUUUACCGACAGGCACAGCAGGAGAAAGGCUUGUUGACGCUUGAAAAGAAUGUUACAAGAUUUAUGUCAGUUGAUAGACACUGUCCUGCUGAAGCUCGUCUAGAAGGACUGCAGAGUCUGAAACUGCAGCUAAAAGAAAGCACAAAAGAAAUAGGACAGCUAAAUCCAACCACAGUUCGAAAACUGAUUUGUCAUUUGAUUUGGCUUGCCUCAUUCACUGUAAAGGUGACAAGUGAGCAGUCUUGCAUGGUUGUCUCAGAAGUUGCUGCUUGUCUUGGAGAAUUGGGAGCUAUAGAUAUUGGAUCAAUUUCUUUAUCAACACAAAUUGAUGAAGAAGAAAAUCAGCCAUAUCAUGAAGCUAUGCUGAGUUUCAGAAUUGUUUCAGCUGGAAUUCGACCUUGCAAGCUCUUACACAAGCUUAAUGCAUUGCUAACUGAUGACAGUGUUAGUGUAGCUACAGCUGCUGCAAGCUGUUUGAAAUCAAUUCUAGCAACUAAGUAUGGCAGUGAGUUUUUGGUGGAAUAUGAAGAACAUGGCAUUGAUGACUUACACGAGUAUUUGUAUCCAUUUAAAUGUGAACAAGAAGAGGAGCUGAAUAAUCCAGUAGUGACUUCAUGUGAGGAAGUGUUUGUAAGACAUGUUGAUCAAUCAGAUCUUUGGUGGCCUCCAGGAGCUAGUGGUCAGCGAACUCACAACCAGUGGGUUCAAGAUGUUACUGCUGCUUUCCUGCAGAGUAAUGGUGUGACAGAUCCUAUGCUUGUUUUGCUGCAACCAGCCUGCCAUGCUAAGGUCUCAUUUGCUGAAUUUCUUUUUCCUCAUCUAAUCCACAAUAUUCUCCAGUCAAAGAAUCCAGUCUACUGCAAUGUGUUGUCAUCUCAGAUACAAGGGUUUUUCUCAAGACUUCGAAGCUUGAAGGAAACAACAACUGACAAUGAUGUGUCACCGCAUUUAAUCACUACAGUUGCCAGGGAAUCAAUCAAACUACUACUCAACACAAUAAACUUUUUGAGAACGAAAGACAAGAAAGAGAAUAGUAAUUCAUGGGAGAACAACUUUUGGCUUGAAUUGAAUUAUUUGAGUUUGGCUGAAGCUGCUCAGAUGUGUUCAGCAUAUUUUAUGUCUUUGUUGUACUUGGAGAUAUGGCAGGAUGCAAAGAAAUCAUCUCGAAUAGCGUACUUUUCCACACCACAGUCGUCUCUCACUUCGCCUUUACUUGAUGUGGCAUCCAGUGCUGAAGGAUUGUUUCGUCAGGACAGUUUGCUGAUGGGUUCUCACCAUUCUGUUCUGCUUGAAGCAUAUUCAAAGAUUGGUGAGCCUGAUGCUCUUCAAGGUGCUGCUGUUGUUUGCAGUGAGGAUGCAAGUGCAAGACUUAAGAUUUAUGAGGAAGAGGGUCAAUGGACAAGAGCUCUAGGUUCGUAUGAUCUCCAGCUGCAAGAUUGUGCUUCUGGGUGCAAGGCGUCUGUUGUUGAGUCUUUGAAGCAUCUUGGUUUGAAUCACGUGGCGUUUACAUACAUGGAUGGUUUGUGGAAUACGGAUCCAAUUGAAGCUGCCAAGAUGUCAGAGCAUCAGUAUGAGAUGGCUUGGAGAAACUGUGUGUGGAACCUUGACAUAGAAUCUCGUUCUGUCUCUAGUAGCACAGGAUAUCAUCAUGCUGUUCAUUCGUGCCUCCAUGCCUUGAGCAACAGCGAGUUUGGUCCGUUUCAGUCAAGUCUUAACCAGGCACUAAAAAUUGUAAUAUCUGAUCUUGCUGCUGCAAGCUUGGAAAGCAUUCUAGGAAUUUACCCAAUGUUAGCAAGACUGCAGUGCCUUGUUGAAAUGAAAGAGAUAUGCAAUGUGAUGAAGAGAAAUAGCUCAUAUGAUGGUGUGUCAUCUCAAUGGCAACAUCGACUGCAACUCACUCAAGAUCAUUUCGUUCAUGUGGAACCAGUUCUGGCCUUACGGACAUCUCUGCUACAAAUAGCUGUUAACAGAUGUCAUCAAUUGGGUGCCAGCAGUGGGCAGAGUGAGUCACUGAUGACAAUUCUUGUCAACCACUUACAGUCUCAGGCAGAAGUAGCUAGCCAAGCAAGCUGUCAUCAAGUUUCUCAGCAAGCCUUGGCUAAAUUAAAGCUUCUUUGCAACCAGCUUUCAUCUGAAAGUACUGCACUUAAUUACCAGUGUCGCAUGAAGGAAGCCGAGCUGUUUUGGUUACGUGGAGAAGAGAAAGUUGCUCUUAGAGCAAUUGCCAGCCUCCACAAUGACCUAGAGAAGAUGCAGGGUGAUAACGAUGCUGUCAAUGCACUCUACCCAAAUGUCCUUCUUCUUCAUGGGAACUGGCUGGCUGAGUCUCAUUCAGAACGUCCAACAAUUGUUGUGGAUAAAUACUUGCAACCUGCUGCUAAUUUACUGAGUCAGCUAGAAGACAACAGUCAAACAGAGUCAUCACUUAUGAAAGCAUACUUCUCAUUGGCUCGGUAUGGUGAUCAACGUUAUCGUAAAAUUGCUGAUUACAUGCAGUCAAGUGACUUUGAAAUAAAGAAAGAGCUCAUGCAACAGCAAAAGGAAGAGUUUGAAAAUUUGCAACUUCAGAGAGGAACUGUAUCAUUGCCAGGAAGUCAGCAGUACUGGAAAAGGAGAAACAACACAUUGAGACGUCAGAUUGAGAUUGAUGAGAAUGAAAUUAAAAGCCUCCAUGAAGACAGCAAAUCCUUUGCUCUAAAGUCUUUGAAGAAUUAUUCUCUUUGCAUGCAAACAGGAGAUGACUAUGAUCUGCAUGUUUUUCGUUUCUGUUCUUUGUGGAUGGAGAACAGCCACCAGCAAGAUGUGUGUCAGCUUGUUCAGAAAGAGAUGAACAAGCUACAAUCUCGCAAGUUCAUUCCUCUUCUAUACCAGCUUGCUGCAAGGUUGACCUUCAAUCGGCAGACUAACAUCACUUCUGAAUUUCAAGCAACACUUUCAAUGUUGAUUAAGAGAAUGUGUUUGGAUCAUCCACACCACUGUGUGUUAGCUCUCAUGGCUCUCACACUUGCUGAUAAAGAUGCUGAGUACUCUAUGAGUUCUAACAUUCGCCCCAGUGCCAAGAGGCCACGACUAAUGAAAGAAAAGACUGACAGAGAUGAAUAUGUCAUUGAUGAAGAUAAAAUCAGAGCUGCAAAGGAGAUACUUGCCACUCUGAGGUCACAACGUGCCUCCCAGAUUCAAGAUAUGGAACAUCUUGCUCAUUUCUACAUCAGUUUGGCUUACCACAUAACUGAGAGUCAAAGGUUUACAAGAGGAGCUGUCAAGAAGGUACCAUCCCAUUUGCAGAAGAGAAUUUCAGGUCUAAAAGAAGUUGCUGUUCCAACUGUCGAACUCAUGGUUGAUCCUACUUGCCGAUAUGAUAACAUCAUUUGUGUAAACAACUUUGAGCCAAGCUUUACUGAAGCAGGUGGUGUGAACCAUCCUAAAAUUGUCACAUGCAUUGGAUCAGAUGGACGGCGUCGACGUCAACUUGUGAAGGGCAAAGAUGACUUACGACAAGAUGCUGUCAUGCAGCAAGUGUUUGCUCUCGUCAACAAACUCCUGCAGAAAAAAGCAGCCACAAGGAAGAGAAAACUUACAAUACGAACAUACAAAGUCAUUCCGCUGUCUCAGCGUUCUGGUGUGGUUGAAUGGUGUGAAGGAACAGUGCCACUUGGUAUUUACCUUGUUGGUGAAGGAACAGACAACUCAAAAGGAGCUCAUAGAAAAUAUGAACCAAAUGACUGGACCUCGCAUAAAUGCCGAAUAAAACUAUCUGAAGCAGCAAACAAGGACAGGGCAAUCAAGUUGAAGAGCUACAUGACUAUAACUGAACAUUUCCAUCCUGUGUUCCGGCACUUCUUCAGAGAGUCAUUUCCUGACCCUGCAAUUUGGUUUGAAAGACGUCUGGCAUAUACAAGGAGCCUUGCAGCAGCAUCAAUAGUUGGUUAUAUUGUUGGCCUGGGAGAUCGCCAUCCUCAGAACAUUCUCAUUGACAGGAAUACCGCAGAAGUAAUUCACAUAGACUUUGGUGUUGCAUUCGAACAAGGAAGAGCUCUUCCAACCCCAGAAACUGUGCCGUUUCGACUCACUCGAGAUUUGGUAGAUGGAAUGGGAGUGACUGGUGUAGAAGGAAUCUUUCGACGAGCAUGUGAAGAGACACUCAUUGUGAUGAGAGGCAAUGUAGAAGCAGUACUCACCAUCCUUGAGGUCCUUCUACACGAUCCAUUAUAUGACUGGUCAAUGAAUCCUGUAAAAGCAUUGAACCUGCAAGAGAAUAGUGAGUCGACUGAUGAUGCCAGCAUGGCUGCUUUAGCUGGAGAUAUUUCUCAUCCAUCCAGUGCUAGUGCAAAUGUUAGGACAGCCUCCGUGACAAGUGGGCAAGUCAGUAGUAAGACAAAUAACAAAAUGGCUGUACGAGUUUUGCUGAGGUUAAGGCAGAAGCUGGAGGGUGUGGAAAACAGUGUGCCAAUGAGUGUGGCUGGUCAGGUAAAUCACCUCAUACAAGAAGCAGUAGACCCAGAGAAUUUGUGUCGUGUUUACUCUGGCUGGCAGCCAUGGAUAUAGUUGUACAACACCAUGUGUAUCACUGUUUAGCUAACUAAUUUGCCAUUGAAUUAAAUUAGUCAGAAUAGCUGGUAAAUGUUGUCAAACUUUUCAGCCCAUGUUGAAACUUAAUUUACACGGUAAAAGGUAACAGUAAACAGUAAACGUCAGAAGCUGCCUUUUUCAAGG